AUGUCCCAAAUGCAUCAUGGGAAACGUGUCUCCUGUUGCUUUCCUAUGUUCUUUUUCCUUUUUUUCCUCCCUUCGUUUUAUAGCGAGAACAACGCUUUAGAGACUCAAGAAUAAAUUCCCCUUUUUGAGCUGCAAUCUCUCAGUAAGUUUUCAGAGGUGAUCUUUAGUAGCCAUGGCCCGUACCAAGCAGACUGCCCGUAAGUCCACUGGAGGCAAAGCCCCACGUAAACAGCUGGCCACGAAGGCUGCUCGUAAGAGCGCCCCUUCUACUGGUGGUGUCAAGAAGCCCCAUCGUUACAGGCCUGGUACUGUGGCUCUGCGUGAGAUUCGUCGUUAUCAGAAGUCCACUGAGCUGCUGAUCCGCAAGCUGCCCUUCCAGCGCCUGGUGAGAGAAAUCGCCCAGGACUUCAAGACUGAUCUGCGUUUCCAGAGCGCAGCCAUCGGAGCUCUGCAGGAGGCCAGCGAAGCCUACCUGGUGGGUCUGUUUGAGGACACCAACUUGUGCGCCAUCCACGCCAAGCGUGUCACCAUCAUGCCCAAAGACAUCCAGCUGGCACGUCGUAUCCGCGGGGAGCGUGCAUAAAAUGUUUUCUGUUUUGUUAUACGCUGUCCUCUCUCCCUCCACCACUCUUUCUAUCCAUUUCCUUCCUCUAUACUUAGUUAGUAGUUUGGUUUGAGGUUCUAUAUAUAUAUAUAUCAUAUGAUUGUGAUAACCGUACAUUGUGUGAUCAUGUCUUCUUUGGUGCUACUAGUAGCAGAGUUUCCUUAGAGAUAUCUUCAUGUAUGUUUGAAAUUUUGAAUCACAUUUACACUCCUCACUUCUGACUAACUAGCUCAAAGGAAUGCCUUGUUAUGAAUAAGGUGUUUUUGCAAGCCAAGAAUAUGUGGUAUCUGAGCUGAGCAUAGGAAAUAGCAUUAAGGUUGAGACAUUUUCAUCUUCAGACAGACAUAUACAUUGAUAUAAUGGGUCUUCUUAGUUUCUCUCUUUUUUUUUUUUUUAUAGAAAUUUGUUGUAUAAGUAGUGAUUAUUCCUUCUUCUUUUUUUACAUUAAUGGUGUAUUUCUACUGUUACUGUUUAAUGUAUCACAAUUCCUAAGUUUGAUUCUGGUUGUCAAUUCGAAACGUCAUUGUUCCAUGAUGACACUGCAUUUUCGGCAGAUGACAAGCGGCAUAUAUGUAGCAGACCUAUGUUGAUCAUAUUUUGAUUUUUAGCCACGUUAUUAUGUCCAGGUAAUGUUUUGACUUUUUGUUCCUCUCUCAGGUUGACAUGAUAACCUAAUUUUUUUCUACGGUGUGUUUGAUUUAUGUUUUCAGUCAUUUUUAAAAAGCAAAAUAUUUGUACUCCGGAAUUCACAUACAAACAUAAUAAACAGAUUCUUGUGGUUAAGUAA